GCGCGCGUGCGCCGGACGGCUGAGCGGCAUGGCGGGCUCCGGAUCUGGUGUGCAGGACUACCUGCUGCAGCUGCAGGAGUCUUUGUCCGCCACGGACCUCUGCGGCGCUGCCAUGGUCGGCUAUCAGCUGAUCCGCGGCCUGGGGCAGGAGUGCUUGCUGAGCUCCGGCCCCGCGGAGCUGGCAUUACAGACGUCCUUAGUUUUUUCCAAAGACUUUGGUUUGCUUGUGUUUGUUCGGAAAUCGCUUAACAUUGAUGAAUUUCGUGAUUGUAGAGAAGAAGUCCUAAAAUUUUUAUAUAUUUUCUUAGAAAAAAUAGGCCAGAAGAUUUUGCCUUACUCUCUUGAUGUUAAGAACACGUGCACCAGUGUUUAUACAAAAGAUAGAACUGCUAAAUGUAGAGUUCCGGCCCUGGACCUUCUUAUUAAGUUAUUUCAGACUUUGAGAAGUUCUAGACUCAUGGAUGAAUUUAAAAUUGGAGAAUUAUUUAGUAAAUUCUAUGGAGAACUUGGGUGGAAAACAAAAAUACCAGAUACAGUUUUAGAAAAAAUAUAUGAGCUCUUAGGAGUGUUAGGCGAAGUUCAUCCUACUGAGAUGAUAAGUAAUUCUGAAAACCUGUUCCGGGCUUUUCUGGGUGAACUGAAGACCCAGAUGACGUCGACAGUAAGAGAGCCCAAAUUACUUGUUGUGGCAGGAUGUCUGAACGGGUUGUCUUCACUUCUGAGUAACUUCACAAAGUCCAUGGAAGAAGACCCCCAGACUUCAAGGGAGAUUUUUGAUUUUACACUAAAGGCAAUUCGUCCCCAGAUUGAUCUGAAGAGAUAUGCUGUACCCUCAGCUGGCCUGCGCUUGCUCACCCUGCAUGCAGCUCAGUUUAGUACCUGCCUUCUGGAAAACUAUGUUUCUUUAUUUGAAAUUCUGUCAAAAUGGUGUGGCCAUACAAAUGUAGACUUGAAAAAAACCGCUCAUUCUGCCCUGGAAUCCUUUCUAAAACAGGUUUCUCUUAUGGUGGCCAAAGAUGCAGAAAUGCAUAGGAGCAAGCUGCAGUACUUCAUGGAGCAGUUCUACGGCAUCAUCAGGAACACAGAUGCCCACAGCAAGGAGCUGGCCAUCGCCGUCCGUGGAUAUGGACUUUUUGCAGGACCUUGCAAGGUUAUAAAUGCAAAAGAUGUUGACUUCAUGUACGUUGAGCUCAUUCAGCGUUGCAAGCAGAUGUUCCUCACCCAGACCGACACCGUGGACGACCAUGUUUACCAGAUGCCAAGCUUCCUCCAGUCGAUUGCAAGUGUCUUGCUUCACCUUGACACAGUUCCUGAGGCGUAUACUCCAGUUCUGGAGCAUCUCAUGGUGGUGCAGAUAGACAGUUUCCCACAGUAUAGUGCGAAAAUGCAGAUGGUGUGUUGUAGAGCCAUACUGAAAGUUUUCCUUGCCUUAGCAGAGAAGGGACCAGUGCUCUGGAAGUGCAUUAGUACUGUGGUGCAUCAGGGUUUAAUCAGAAUUUGUUCUAAACCACUGAUCCUUCCAAAGGGCACCGAGCCUGACUCUGAAGACCACCGGGCCUCGGGGGAGGUUAGGACUGGCAAAUGGAAAGUGCCCACACACAAAGACUACGUGGACCUAUUCCGAAACCUCCUGACCUGCAGCCAGAUGAUGGAUCCUAUUCUGGCAGAUGAAGCGUUUCUCUUUGUGAAUUCCUCCCUUCAAAGUCUCAACCGCCUGCUGUAUGAUGAAUUCGUAAAAUCUGUUUUGAAGAUUAUUGAGAAAUUGGAUCUUACACUAGAAAAACAGACUGUUGGAGAGCAAGAGGAUGGAAAUGAGACUACUGGUGUUUGGGUGAUCCCAACUUCAGAUCCAGCUGCUAACUUGCAUCCUGCUAAACCUAAAGAUUUUUCAGCUUUCAUUAACCUGGUGGAAUUUUGCAGAGCAAUUCUCCCUGAGAAGCAAGUAGGAUUUUUUGAACCCUGGAUGUACUCAUUUUCAUAUGAAUUAAUUUUACAGUCUACACGGUUGCCACUCAUCAGUGGUUUCUACAAACUGCUUUCUAUUGCCUUGAGAAAUGCCAAGAAAAUAAAAUAUUUUGAGGGUAUCAGUCCAAAGAGCUUGAAACACUCACCCAAGGACCCAGAAAAGUAUUCUUGCUUUGCUUUAUUUGCAAAAUUUGGUAAAGAGGUGUCAGUUAAAAUGAAGCAAUACAAAGAUGAACUUUUGGCCUCCUGUUUGACCUUCGUUCUGUUGCUGCCGCACGACAUCAUCGAACUCGAUAUUCGAGCCUAUGUUCCUGCCUUGCAGAUGGCUUUCAAACUGGGCCUGAGCUAUGCUCCAUUGGCAGAAGUGGGCCUGAACGCUCUAGAAGAAUGGUCAGUUUGUAUCUGCAGGCCUGUCAUCCAGCCCUACUACAAAGACAUCCUGCCCUGCCUUGAUGGAUACCUGAAGACUUCAUCCUCCUCAGAUGAGAUCAAGCAUAACUGGGAAGUGUCAGCACUUUCUCGGGCUACUCAGAAAGGAUUUAAUAAGGUUGUGUUAAAGCACCUGAAAAAGACCAAGAACAUUUCAUCAAAUGAAGCACUGUCCUUAGAAGACAUAAGAACUAGAGUCGUACAGGUGCUUGGAUCUCUGGGAGGACAGAUGAACAAAAAUCUCGUAACAGCUGCAUCCUCAGAUGAGAUGGUGAAGCGGUGCGUGGCCUGGGACACAGAGAGGAGACUCCGCUUUGCGGUCCCCUUCAGAGACAUGAAGCCUGCCAUCUAUCUGGACACCUUCCUGCCCCGAGUCACAGAACUGGCGCUCUCAGCUAGCGACAGACAGACAAAGAUUGCGGCGUGUGAACUUUUGCACAGCAUGGUUAUGUUUAUGUUGGGUAAAGCCACUCAGAUGCCGGAGCCUGGCGAGGGCCCAUCCCCCAUGCACCGGCUCUACAAGCGAACCUUUCCUGUGCUGCUUCGACUCGCCUGUGACGUCGACCAGGUGACGAGGCAGCUGUACGAGCCCCUGGUCAUGCAGCUGAUCCACUGGUUCACAAACAACAAGAAAUUUGAGAGUCAGGACACUGUUGCCUUGUUAGAAGCUAUACUGGAUGGAAUUGUGGACCCCAUUGACAGUACAUUAAGAGACUUUUGUGGCCAGUGUAUUCGGGAAUUCCUCAAGUGGUCUAUUAAGCAGACAACACCGCAGCAGCAGGAGAAGAGUCCAGUAAACACCAAAUCUCUUUUUAAGCGACUAUACAGCUUUGCACUCCACCCCAAUGCUUUCAAGAGGCUUGGGGCAUCACUUGCUUUCAACAAUAUCUACAGGGAGUUCAGGGAAGAAGAGGCUCUGGUGGAGCAGUUUGUAUUUGAAGCCCUGGUGACCUAUAUGGAAAGUCUGGCCUUGGCACACGCAGACGAGAAGUCCUUAGGGACAGUACAGCAGUGCUGCGAUGCCAUUGAUCACCUGAGCCGCAUCAUUGAAAGGAAGCACGUGUCCUUGAACAGAGCCAGGAGGCGGCGUUUGCCACGAGGUUUUCCUCCUUCGGCCUCGCUGUGUUUAUUGGAUCUGGUGAAGUGGCUGUUGGCUCGUUGUGGACGGCCCCAGACGGAGUGUCGACACAAAUCCAUAGAACUCUUCUACAAAUUUGUGCCUUUAUUGCCAGGCCACAAAAGCCCUUCCUUAUGGCUGGAAGAUAUCGUUAAGAAAGAAGAUGUGUCUUUCCUCAUCAGUACGUUUGAGGGUGGUGGCAGCAGCUGUGACCAGCCCUCGGGCAUCCUCGCCCAGCCCACCCUCUUCCACCUCCGAGGGCCCUUCACCCUGCGCGCGACCCUGCAGUGGCUGGACAUGCUCCUGGCUGCUCUGGAGUGCUACAACACGUUCAUCCAAGAGAGGACGGUCAGCGCUCUCGAGCUCCUGGGUCCCAGCACACAGUCUUCACUGUUGAAGGCAGUGGCAUUCUUUCUGGAAAGCCUUGCUGCACAUGACCUGACAGCUGCGGAGAGGUGCUUCGGCUCUGAGGUGGCUGGCAGCAGACCCAGCCCCCAGGAGGGGGACAGGUACAACUACAGCAAGUGCACCCUUGUGGUCCGCAUCAUGGAGUUCGCCACGACCCUGCUCAACACAGCCCCGGAGGGUUGCAAGCUCCUUGAGAGAGAUCUAUGUAACACGCACCUCGUGAAGCUCUUGGUGAAGACGCUGUGCGAGCCCAUGAGUGUGGGUUUCAAUGUUGGUGACGUCCAGGUUAUGGAUCAUCUUCCCAGCGUUUGUGUGAACCUGAUGAGAGCACUCAUGAAGUCCCCGUACAGGGACAUCCUGGAGGUUCACCUGAAGGAAAGAAUGACAACACAGAGGCUGGAGGAACUCUGUGCCGUCGAUGUGUACGACCCUGACGCACAGGCGGACAGGAUCCAGCUGGCCCCCAUCGUGGCGGCGUGUAAGCAGCUGCACAGAGCGGGGGUGCUGCCUGUCGUACUGCCAGCCCAGUCUGCAGAUCAGCCUCAUCCCUUAGGCAGCAGGCUCCUUUCUCUGGUUUACGACGGCAUCCCACCUGGAGGUGAAAGGAAGAGCCUCCCCUCGCUAGAUCCCAGCUGUAAGCGCUUUGCCAGUGGACUCCUGGAGUUGGCCUUUGCUUUUGGAGGACUGUGCGGCCGCCUCGUGAGUCUUCUCCUGAGCCCAGAGUUGCUCUCUGUGCCGUCCUCAGGCAGCUCUCUGAGAAGUGCCGUCAGCAUUCCCCAUGGAGAGUAUUUCUAUAGCUUGUUCUCAGACACCAUCAACACGGAAUUGUUGAGAAAUCUCGAUCUUGCUGUAUCGGAGCUUAUGAAGUCAUCAGUGGACAAUCCCAGAAUGGUUAGUGCCGUUUUGAAUGGCAUGUUAGACCAGAGCUUCCGGGACCGAGCUAGUCAGCGACAGCAAGGGGGGAAGCUUGCUACUGCCAUUCUGCAGAAUUGGAGGCAUUGUGACCCAUGGGGAGCCAGUGAUGCUGCUCCUGAAAGCAAAACAGCAGUGCUGGCUUUACUGGCAAAAAUUUUACAGAUUGACUCGUCUGUAUCAUUUAAUACGAAACACAGCUCAUUCCCAGAAGUAUUCACAACGUACACUGGUCUACUUGCUGAUUCCAAGUUGGGCCUACAUUUAAAGGGUCAAGCCGUGGCCCUUCUCCCAUUCUUCACCAACCUCACUGGGGACCGCCUGGACGACCUUAAGAGUGUUCUUGAAAAGCUCAUCAUUUCUAAUUUCCCUAUGAAGUCUGACGAGUUUCCCCCAGGAACUCUGCAAUACAAUAAUUAUGUGGACUGCAUGAAAAAGCUUCUGGAUGCAUUGGAAUUAUCUCAGAGUCCUAUGUUGUUGCAAUUGAUGAUAGAAAUUCUUUGUCGGGAACAACAACAUAUUCUGGAAGAAUUAUUUCAGACCACCUUCAAAAGGAUUGUGAGAAGGAGCCCCUGCGCCACACAAGUCGACCUUCUGGAGAGCGUGUACCGGAUGUUCAGGAAGGACGACCUCCUUCUCAGCACCACUCGCCAAGCCUUUGUGGAUCGCGCCCUUCUCACCCUGAUGUGGCACUGCAGCCUGAAUGCUUUGAGAGAGUUCUUCAGCAGAAUUGUGGUGGAUGCCACCGACAUGCUGAAGUCCAGGUUUACAAAGCUAAAUGAAUGUACCUUUGAUACUCAAAUCACCAAGAAGAUGUGCUAUUACAAGAUACUAGAGGUGAUGUAUUCUCGUCUUCCAAAAGAUGAUGUUCACUCUAAGGAAUCUAAAGUUAAUCAAGUAUUCCAUGGCUCCUGUAUUACAGAAGGAAGUGAACUUACAAAGACACUGAUUAAGUUGUGCCAUGACGCAUAUACAGAGAACAUGGCAGGGGAGAGCCAGUUGCUGGAGAGGAGAAGACUUUACCAUUGUGCUGCUUACAACUGUGCCAUUUCUGUUAUCUGCUGUGUCUUCAAUGAAUUAAAAUUUUACCAAGGUUUUCUGUUUAGUGAAAAACCAGAGAAGAACUUGCUUAUUUUUGAAAAUCUCAUAGAUGUGAAGCGCUGCUAUACAUUUCCUAUAGAAAUUGAGGUUCCUAUGGAAAGGAAGAAAAAGUACAUUGAAAUUAGGAAAGAGGCCAGGGAAUCAGCAAGUGGGGAUUCAGAUGGUCCUCAGUAUAUGUCUUCCUUGUCCUACUUGGCUGACAGUAGUCUGAGUGAGGAAAUGAGUCAAUUUGAUUUCUCAACUGGAGUUCAGAGCUAUUCAUACAACUCCCAAAACUCUAAAUCUAUCACUGGUCAUUUUCGGAGAAGGGAACAUCAGGACCCUGUGGUCCAAGACGACGUCCUGGAGUUGGAGAUGGACGAGCUCAAUCAGCACGAGUGCAUGGCCACCAUGACCGCCCUGGUCCAACACAUGCACAGGAGGCUGUGCCCGCCUGGAGAAGCAGAGGGAUCAAUGCCAAGAGAGCUUCCUGCUUGGAUGAAAUUUCUUCACGACAAACUAGGAAAUUCAUCAGUACCAUUAAAUAUCCGUCUCUUCUUAGCCAAGCUUGUUAUUAAUACAGAAGAGGUCUUCCGUCCGUACGCAAAGUCCUGGCUCAGCCCCUUGCUGCAGCUGGCUGUUUCCGAGAACAGUGGUGGAGAGGGAAUUCACUACAUGGUGGUUGAGAUAGUGGCCACCAUUCUCUCCUGGACAAACCUCGCCACUCCCACAGGGGUUCCUAAAGAUGAAGUAUUAGCAAAUCGAUUGCUUCAUUUCCUAAUUAAACAUGUAUUUCAUCCAAAAAGAGCCGUGUUUAGACACAACCUUGAAAUCAUAAAGACUCUUGUUGAAUGCUGGAAGGAUUGUUUAUCCAUCCCUUACAGGUUAAUAUUUGAGAAGUUUUCCAGUAAAGACCCUAAUUCAAAGGACAAUUCAGUAGGGAUUCAGUUGCUGGGUAUCGUGAUGGCCAACAACUUGCCUCCCUAUGACCCGAAGUGUGGUGUUGAGAGUACCAAAUACUUUCAAGCUUUGGUCAGUAAUAUGUCCUUUGUGAAAUACAAAGAAGUAUAUGCAGCCGCUGCAGAAGUCCUAGGACUUGUUCUCCGAUACGUUGCUGAGAGAGAUAAUGUGCUGGAGGAGUCUGUGUGUGAGCUGGUGGUAAAACAGUUGAGGCAGCAUCAGCACACGAUGGAGGACAAAUUUAUCAUGUGUUUGAGCAAGUUGGCCCGGAGUUUCCCUCCACUUGCUGACAGGUUCAUGAACAUCGUGUUCUUCCUGCUGCCCAAAUUUCAUGGGGUGAUGAAGACACUCUGCUUGGAGGUGGUGCUCAGUCGAGCAGAGGAAAUGGCAGACCUGUUCUUCCAGUUGAAGAGCAAGGACUUCAUUCAUGUCAUGAGACACAGAGAUGAUGAAAGACAAAAGGUGUGUUUGGACAUAAUUUAUAAGACAAUGGCAAAAUUGAAACCAGUGGAGCUCCGAGAACUGCUGAGCCCUGUUGUAGAAUUCGUUUCCCACCCCUCCCCCAUGUGCCGAGAGCAGAUGUACAACAUUCUCAUGUGGAUUCACGACAAUUACAGAGAUCCAGAAAAUCAAGCAGAUGACGACUCCCAGGAAAUAUUUAAACUGGCAAAAGAUGUGCUGAUUCAAGGACUGAUCGACGAGAACCUUGAACUUCAAUUAAUUAUUCGAAAUUUUUGGAGCCAUGAAACUAGGUUACCUGCAAAUACCUUGGACCGACUGUUGGCACUAAAUUCUUUAUAUUCUCCUAAGAUAGAAGUGCACUUUUUAAGUUUGGCAACAGACUUUCUGCUUGAAAUGACUAGCAUGAGCCCAGAUUAUCCAAACCCCGUAUUUGAGCAUCCUCUGUCAGAAUGUGAAUUCCAGGAAUACACCAUCGAUCCUGACUGGCGUUUCCGAAGCACCGUUCUCACUCCAAUGUUUGUUGAGACCCAGGCCUCCCAGAGCACUCUCCAGACCCGAACCCAGGAAGGGUCCCUCUCAGUGCAUAGGCCGGUGACUGGGCAGGUCAGGGCCACCCAGCAGCAGUACAAUUUCACCCCUACACAAACUGCAGAUGGAAGAAGCACGUUUAAUUGGCUGACCGGGAGCAGUGUUGAUGUACUGGCAGAUUACAUGGGUUCCUCGUCACCAGAUGCUGUGUCCUCCUUGCUGUUCGCUCACAAGAGGAGUGAAAAGGCACAGAAAACACCACUGAAGUCAGUGGGUCCUGAUUUUGGGAAAAAAAGACUGGGCCUUCCAGGAGAUGAGGUGGAUGGAAAAAGCCAAGGAACCGACAGUCGGGCGGAAAUACUGGGGUUACGCAGACGAUUUUUAAAGGACCAAGAAAAGCUCAGUUUGAUAUAUGCCAGAAAAGGUGUUGCUGAACAAAAACGAGAAAAGGAGAUCAAGAGUGAGUUAAAGAUGAAGCAGGAUGCGCAGGUCAUUCUGUACAGAAGCUACCGUCAUGGCGACCUUCCCGACAUUCAGAUCAAGCACAGCAGCUUGAUCACCCCACUGCAGGCCGUGGCCCAGAAAGAUCCCAUAAUUGCUAAACAGCUGUUUAGCAGCUUGUUUUCUGGGAUUCUGAAAGAGAUGGAUAAAUCAAAGACGACAUCUGAAAAAAACAGCAUCACGCAGAAGUUGCUCCAAGACCUCAAUCAUUGUCUUAGCACUACGUUCUUUUUCUUUCCACCCUUUGUCUCCUGCAUCCAGGAGAUCAGCUGCCAGCAUGAGGCCUUGCUGGGCCUGGACCCGGCGGCUGUGAGUACNGGCUGCCUGGCCAGCCUGCAGCAGCCUGUGGGGAUUCGCCUGCUUGAGGAGGCCCUGCUGCGCCUGGAGCCCGCCCAGCCGCCCACCAAGCGGGCCCGAGGGAAGACACGCCUACCCCCAGACAUCCUCAGGUGGAUGGAACUUGCCAAAUUGUAUAGGUCGAUUGGAGAAUAUGAUGUCCUCCGUGGUAUUUUUAGCAGUGAGAUAGGAACAAAGCCAGUCACCCAGAGUGCGCUGCUAGCAGAAUCCAGAAGUGAUUACGCCGAAGCUGCUAAGCAGUAUAAUGAGGCUCUUAAUACACAAGAGUGGGCAGAUGGCGAGCCCACGGAAGCCGAGAAGGAUUUCUGGGAACUUGCGUCCCUUGACUGUUAUAACCACCUUGCUGAGUGGAAAUCACUCGGGUACUGUUCCACAGCCAGUAUAGACAGUGAGAACCCUCCAGAUUUAAAUAAAAUGUGGAGCGAACCAUUCUAUCAGGAAACGUACCUGCCCUACAUGAUCCGCAGCAAGCUCAAGUUACUGCUGCAGGGAGCAGAUGACCAGUCCCUGCUGACCUUCCUGGACGAGGCGGCACGUCACGAGCUCCAGAAGGCUCUUGUGGAGCUCCACUACAGCCAGGAGCUGAGCCUGCUCUACCUCCUGCAGGAUGACGUGGACAGAGCCAAGUUCUACAUCGAAAACGCCAUCCAGGUUUUCAUGCAGAAUUAUUCUAGUAUUGAUGUCCUCUUACACAGAAGUAGACUCACCAAAUUGCAGUCCGUUCAAGCUUUAACAGAAAUUCAGGAGUUCAUCAGCUUUAUAAGCAAACAAGGCAAUUUAUCAUCUCAAGUUCCCCUGAAGAGACUUCUCAACACCUGGUCAAACAGAUACCCAGAUUCCAGAAGGGACCCAAUGAACAUCUGGGAUGACAUCAUCACAAACCGAUGCUUCUUCCUCAGUAAGAUAGAGGAGAAGCUCACCUCUCCGCCAGAGGAUCACAGUAUGGAUGUGGAUGGAGAUGGGGACUCUGGUGACAGGGUGGACGUGCAGGAGCAGAAAGAAGGUCUCCAUUCCCUGAUCCAGAGCUGCACGUUCUCCAUGAAAAUGAAGAUGAUAGACAGUGCACGGAAGCAGAGUAAUUUCUCCCUUGCCAUGAAGCUACUAAAGGAGCUGCACAAGGAGUCCAAGACGAGAGACGACUGGCACGUCGAGUGGGUGCACAGCUAUUGCCGCCUGAGCCACUGCCGGAGCCAUGCCCAGAGACCCCCUGAGCGGGUCCUCAGUGUGUUGAAGACGGUCUCUUUGCUGGAUGAGAACAGCACAUCAAGCUACUUAAGCAAAAACAGCCUGGCUUUCCGUGAUCAGAACAUUCUCUGGGGUGCGACCUGCAGGAUCCUUGCCGACGCACUCAGCAGCGAGCCAGCCUGCCUUGCGGAAAUGGAAGGAAGCAAGGCUGAGAGGGUGAUGGAGCUCUCCGGAUCUGGCUCCGAGAGGACCGAGAAGGUGAUUGCGGGUCUGUACCAGAGGGCGUUCCAGCACCUCUCCAAGGCUGUGCAGGCAGUGGAGGAGGAGGCAGCCCAGUCAUCUCCUGGGAGCCACGGGCCUACGGCUGGGGUCGUCCAGGCGUAUAUGACGCUGGUGGAUUUCUGCGACCAGCAGCUCCGCAGAGAGGAAGAGAAGGCACCAGUUGGCACUUCUGCAGAACUGCAGGCAUACCCGGCGCUGGUGGUAGAGAAAAUGCUGAAAGCUUUAAAAUUAAACUCCAGCGAAGCCAGGCUGAAGUUUCCUCGACUACUACAGAUCAUAGAGCAGUAUCCAGAGGAGACCUUGAGCCUGAUGACGAAAGAGAUCUCCUCCAUCCCUUGCUGGCAGUUCAUCGGCUGGAUCAGCCACAUGGUGGCAUUACUGGACAAAGGGGAAGCUGUGGCUGUUCAGCACACAGUGGAAGAGAUUGCCGAUCACUACCCACAAGCCCUCAUCUACCCGUUCAUAAUAAGCAGCGAAAGCUAUUCCUUCAAAGAUACGUCUGCUGGUCAUAAGAACAAGGAGUUUGUAGCAAGGAUUAAAAGCAAAUUGGACCCGGGAGGAGUGGUUCAAGACUUCAUUACGGCCCUGGAGCAGCUCUCUAAUCCCGAGCUGAUCUUCAAGGACUGGGCCGACGAUGUCAAAGUUGAACUAGGAAAAACUCCUGUAAAUAAGAAAAACAUUGAACAGAUGUACGAACGGAUGUUCGCCAGCCUGGGUGACCUACAGGCCCCCGGCCUGGGCGCCUUCCGAAGGAGAUUUGUUCAGGCCUUUGGAAAAGAAUUUGAUAAGCAUUUUGGGAGAAGAGGGUCUAAGCUGCCUACGAUGAAGCUCAGUGACUUCAGCGACAUCACCAGCUCCCUCCUACAGAGGAUGAACAAAGACUCGCGGCCACCUGGAAACCUGAAGGAGUGUUCGCCCUGGCUGAGCACCUUCAGCGUGGAGCUCCUGAGAGGCGAGCUGGAGGUUCCCGGUCAGUAUGACGGCAGGGGGAAGCCGUUGCCCGAGUACCACGCCCGGAUCGCUGGCUUCGAUGAGCGGGUACAGGUCAUGGCUUCUAUAAGAAAGCCAAAGCGCAUCGUCAUCCGAGGCCAUGACGAGAGGGAGUACCCUUUCCUGGUGAAGGGCGGCGAGGACCUGCGGCAAGACCAGCGCAUCGAGCAGCUCUUCGAGGUCAUGAACGUCAUCCUGUCACGCGAUGCUGCCUGUAGUCAGAGGAACAUGCAGCUGAGGACGUACCGCGUGGUGCCCAUGACCUCCAGAUUGGGAUUAAUCGAAUGGAUUGAAAAUACCCUUACUUUGAAGGACCUUCUUUUGAGUAACAUGUCUCAGGAGGAGAAGGCAGCGUGUAUAAGUGAUCCCACAGCACCACCUUAUGAAUAUAGAAACUGGCUGACAAAAAUAUCAGGAAAGCAUGAUGUCGGAGCUUACACACUAAUGUAUAAGAGAGCUAACCGCACUGAAGCAGUCACAUCUUUUAGAAAAAGAGAAAGCAAAGUUCCAGCUGACCUCUUAAAGCGAGCCUUCAUGAGGAUGAGCUCUGGCCCCGAGGCCUUCUUGGCCCUGCGCUCCCACUUCACCUGCUCCCAUGCCCUGCUGUGCAUCAGCCACUGGCUCCUUGGGAUUGGGGACAGACACCUAAACAAUUUCAUGGUGACUCUGGAGACAGGCAGCAUGAUUGGGAUCGACUUUGGACAUGCAUUUGGGUCAGCCACGCAGUUUCUGCCAGUCCCUGAACUCAUGCCCUUUCGUCUGACUCGCCAAUUUAUCCAUCUGAUGUUACCAAUGAAAGAAACGGGUCUGAUGUACAGUGUCAUGGUGCAUGCGCUUAGGGCCUUUCGCUCAGACCCAGACCUGCUCAUCAACACCAUGGAUGUGUUUGUGAAGGAGCCUUCUUUUGAUUGGAAAAACUUCGAACAAAAAAUGCUAAAAAAAGGGGGAUCAUGGAUUCAAGAAAUAAACAUAAGUGAAAAGAACUGGUAUCCCCGGCAGAAAAUAUCUUAUGCUAAGAGAAAGUUGUCAGGUGCCAAUCCAGCAGUCAUCACUUGUGAUGAGUUACUUCUGGGCCACGAGAAGUCACCAGCCUUCAGGGAUUAUACAGCUGCAGCACGAGGAAGCAAAGAUCACAACUUCCGUGCCCAAGAACCAGACGAUGGUCUUUCAGAAGAGACUCAAGUGAAGUGCUUGCUGGACCAGGCCACAGACCCCAACAUCCUUGGCAGAGCUUGGAUGGGAUGGGAGCCAUGGAUGUGAAGCCUGUGGUGGUUGCUCGGUGUAAAACAUUAGAAUGUUUACAGAAUCUCCUAGACUCAGCAACAGCAAUCAAUGAGUUGAUUUUCCUGAACCCCUGAAGAGAAGAAAUGUAUUUAGUGAUAGAAUUUUGUGGCAUGAGUUUAAAUCAAAUCGUGAUGAGUAAUGAGUAUUGAUAUGAGUCAAAGAUGAGGUUAUUAUAUAACCUCAAAGCUUAGGUUGGGUUGUGGUAGACUUAGAAUAGAAAAACACAUGUUAAGGCUCAUAUGGCGUAUGAUCAGCUUUUAGAGCAUUCUGUGAGUGCUGUGAGUCAGGUAAACUGCUGUCUCAAUAAACGGGGUGGACAUGGAUGCUCUACGGCAUGGCCUCAUUGGUUAUGGCAUAUGGGAAAUAACACCCGAAGACUUCAUCACUGAGAUGUUGUGAGGGUAAACCAGUGUCAUGGUUGAUAGGAUGUUACAGUCUGUGGGACUGACGUUACAGUAGAGGGACAAUCAGAACAAGAGCUAAGACUGUGGUCUCGUAGAUUUAGGAACAACCACAUUUCCUGUUUUAGGAUAGUUUUCUGGAUUUUAAUUUUAUUUUCUUCUAGUUUUGAAAUUUCAUGGUAGAUUUGCUCCCCAGAAGAGAACAGCCUCCGUUUAGGGAGGUAAAAACCUUGGAAUUACCAUUUGUCUGCAGUUGAAAUUAGAUGAAAGUGCCCUGCAUCCCAGAUUUGGCAGCUUCAGAAAUCCCAGGUAUAAAAUAGGGGUAGCACUAGGCAUCUCAGUUUUAGGAAAAUAAAGGAAAUCUCAAUUUGAGAUGAGUUCUUUAUUUGGAGGAAAAGCAUUCAUUCUGGAGCAGCACGAUGCAGUUAGGAAGUACAGAAUUGGCUUCAUCCACCCACAGAUCUCAGCCUCUCCACAGCCCUUUGCAUACCUGGGACUGCGCUCAGGUUGACUUUAGCUUUUUUCUUCACCAUUUUUAUUUGGAAACUCUUCUGUGAUGUUGAGAAAUAAAUCUUAGGAACAUUUAACAAAGUUUUUUCCAAAAGUAGUAGGUAGCUCUUUUAUGCAAUUUCAAAAGUAAAAUAUUCAUCGUACAAGAUAGUCCAUUAUCUUAUUUGCCAAGUUUGUUCUAAUAAAUACAGGUGGGAUGCAUUUUGGCAUUAAAAGUUAACAGGUACGCAAUAAGUAGCAUCUACUGAGCUAAAGAAAUUUCACUUUUAAGGAAAAAUAAGUGACCAGAUAUGUGAAAAUCUAAUACGCACAUGAUGUAGUAAAUGUUUCUUGCUACCACACAAACAGCAGCUGGAGUGAGCCUACUUGGAGUUGACCUGAUUAUAAUGUAUUGUUUUCUGUAAUAGCUAAUUAGCCAUAAUUGUCCCUUGAGUCCUGACAACUGGGGCUGUAUUCAUUAAUGGGAUUGCCUACGUUAUAGGAAACCCUGUUUUUUAAUGGCUACUUUUCAUAUCAAUAAAAGUUCACUGUUACA